UGUUAAUAUAAAACGGGAUGUUUAACAUGGUGUCAGGUGUGUAGUUAAACGAGCCUGAAAGAAACAUGGCGAAACCAGAAACUAGUGAAAUAAGUCGACCAAUUUCUCACCUAAAACCACCUACUGAAUUUGACUUCGACGUUUCAAAUGUAGCGCACUCAUGGAAACGUUGGCGAGAAGAGGUAGAGCUGUAUAUGGAAUUGGCUAUGGUUGGAAAGAAAGAAGAGACGAUAGUUAAACUCUUUCUGUACAUUGUUGGAAGUCAAGGUCGAGAAAUAUACGAGACAUUAUCGUUUGAUCAAGAACCCGAAAAGCGGAGCUUUAAAGAUAUUGUUGAAGCAUUCUCGAACUAUUGUGACCCGAAGAAAAACGAGACGGUAGAGAGAUACAAGUUCUUUACAAGAGUGCAAGAAGCGGGAGAAACAUUAGAUAAGUUUAUCACAGAUGUGAAAAUUCUGGCUGCAACGUGUAACUUUGAACAGCUUAAAGAAUCAUUGAUCCGAGACCGAAUAAUUUGUGGCAUGACUGACUCGAAGCUACGACAGGACUUGUUAAAAAUACCUGAACUGAGCCUAGAUAAAUGCAUACAGAAUUGUCGCGCAGCUGAACUAUCAAAAGAACGAAGUAAAGAGAUCGAAGACAACGAUAGGAUUUAUGCUUUCAACGCUGGACAGGGCGGUAAGCAAAAUAGAAGCCGAAAGGUAAGAGACGAAUAUAAUUCUAAACAGUUGAACAAUGCCGUAGGCGUAGACAGGAAAUGCAAAUAUUGUGGGGGUAUGCAUGAAUGGAACAAAACAAAGUACCCUGCGUAUGGGAAAGAAUGCCGAAAGUGCCGUAAAUUAAAUCAUUUUGCCUCUGUUUGCAAAACUAAAAGACAAACAGUUAAAAAGGUAGACACUUCUAGUGAUAGCAGCGACUAUGAGGAAAUUAAAAUGGUAAAAGUGGACGAUAAGAGAAAGCCAGAAAAAUCAUCAAGCACAAAACAAUUCCCAAAGCGAUUAUAUGCCUCAAUAACUGUUGGUAAACAGCCGGUGAAUUUUCAAUUAGACAGUGGCGCGACAUGCAAUGUCAUUUCAUUAUCUAUGUUAGAGCGGUGUUUAGGAAAAGUUCAAUUGAAAGGAACAAGCCGAGUUCUCAAGAUGUAUAACAAAGCAACGGUACAACCGGUCGGACAAUGUGUGUUACAAUUAAAAAAUGAGAAAACUGGCAAAAGCUAUGAAACUGAAUUUGUUGUUUUGAAACAAGAAUGCACACCAUUGUUAGGCAGUGAAACAAUUCAACAAAUGAGUCUAAUUACAGUCAGAUACGAGAAUAUAUUAUUGUUGUCGGUUAAAUCGAGUAAAACAGCGUUGACUAAAGAUACCCUUAUUGAACAAUAUUCAGAUGUUUUUCAGGGAACUGGCAAAUUUGACGAACAAUAUCAUGUAACAAUUGAUCCAGAUGCAACACCUGUGGUUCAUCCACCAAGACCAGUACCUAUUGCACUGAAAGACGAUUUGAAAGCAGAAUUGGAGAGGUUAGAGUCUGAAGGCAUUCUUAAAGUGGUAACCGAACCGACAUCUUGGGUUUCGAAUAUGGUUAUUGUUAGAAAACCAACUGGCAAGCUACGUAUAUGUAUAGACCCGAAGGAUCUGAAUAAAGCUACCAGACGCAGCCACUAUCCAACGAUAGACGAGAUUUUGCCUGACCUGAGAGAAGCAAGAGUGUUCAGUGUAUUCAACGUGAGAAAUGGGUUUUGGCAUGUGGAGCUAGACGAAGAAAGUUCCCUACUGACCACCUUUAUAACCCCAUUUGGCCGUUAUCACUGGCUGCGGAUGCCAUUUGGUCUGACAAGUGCACCAGAAGAGUUUCAACGACGCCAACAUCGUGUUAUAGAGAAUCUUCCAGGAGUGGUAGCAAUUCACGAUGACAUCCUGGUGAUUGGUAACGGUGCUACGCGUGAAGAAGCACAGCGAGAUCAUGAUGUGAAAGUUCAUGCAUUAAUGCGUCGAUGUCGUGAGAAGAACACCACGUUGAAUGCAGAUAAAGUCAAACUGAGUUGUAAUGAAGUUACAUUCAUGGGUCAUUUGUUGACAGACGAAGGACUGAAGCCUGAUCCAGACAAGGUGAGAGCAAUCUUAGAGAUGCCUAAGCCAACAGAUGUAGCUGCAGUUCGUAGAUUGAUUGGUUUUGUGAACUAUUUACAAAGAUUCUUGCCGAACCUGAGUGGAGUAUGUGAACCUUUGAGGAAACUAACCCAUAAAGAUACAGUGUGGCGAUGGACCGGGGAACAACAGCAAGCGUUUGACACUAUGAAACAGUUAGUUGGCGAGAUAACGAUCCUUAAGUAUUACCAGCCUAGUGAAGAGCUUACUCUACAAUGUGAUGCAUCUGAAAAAGGCUUGGGAGCAGUUAUUUCCCAAAAUGGACAGCCACUUGCGUUUGCAAGUAGAGUGUUAUCUCGAGCAGAAGUCAACUAUGCUCAGAUCGAGAAAGAGCUUCUGGCCGUGCUCUUUGGUUUGGAGAAAUUUCGCCAGUACACAUACGGUCGUCCAGUGCAAGUCCAAUCUGAUUAUAAGCCAUUGGAAAGUAUAAUGAAAAAACCCCUACAUAUGGCUCCAAGAAGAUUGCAGAGAAUGUUGUUAAGACUGCAAGGAUAUGAUAUUGAUUUGGUGUAUCGAAGUGGAAAGAAUAUGGAGCUUGAUAUUUGUGGUGUUACUCUGAGUCUAUAUCCACACCGGGCAAGCUUGAAAAAUAUGCCCGGCCACGGUGGGAUUCGAACCUACGACCUUUGGAAUACUAGCCCAAUGCUCUUCCAACUGAGCUACGUGGUCAGGACGGAUCAGUAAGUGAUAUUUCGGAACAGAAUCUAGUUCCUUCGAUACCAAUGUAUUCUAGUAAUAUGAAUUUUUUUUCUGUGUUGGUGUAGUGUACUCAGGUGAAUAUGAUAUUUGUGGUGUCGAGCAUAUCUUCAAGACGGUGGAACCCCGGUCGAGAUUGAAGUAGAGUCGAUCAAUGUGAUGCAUAGUUUACCCGUUGACUCAGCAAGAUUGGAUGAUAUCCGAGCGAGUAUGGAAACUGAUGAAUGUAUGCAAGAGCUGAAGAAAGUCAUUUUGAAGGGUUGGCUAGAUAAGAGAAGUGACGUUCCAGGGCAAGCGAGACAAUAUUUUGGUGUGCGUGACAAAUUGACAGUUCAAGAGGGUUUGAUUUUUCGAGGUGAAAGUGUGUUAGUUCCGAAUGAUCUGAGAAAGCAGAUGAUUCAACGUAUUCAUUCGACUCGUAUAGGGGCAGACGGAUGUCUACGUCGUGCCAGAGAAUCUAUCUAUUGGCCAGGAAUGACCAGAGAUAUUAAAGAUCACACUGCACAGUGCAAUGUAUGUAGAUCGUUUGACAAUAAGCAAUCCAAAGAAACAUUGAGAUCUCACGAAGUGCCCAAUAGACCAUGGGCAAAAGUCGGAGUUGACAUCUUUACGUUUAAUGAACGAAAUUAUCUGAUAACUGUUGACUAUUUUCACACCGGGCUAGAAGAGUGUUGA